AUGCCGCGGCCUUCGCGCGAUACCUACGGUGAUCAGAAACCACCCUACUCCUACAUAUCGCUCACGGCGAUGGCGAUAUGGUCGUCGAGGGACAAGAUGCUGCCGCUCGCCGAGAUUUACAAGUUCAUCGCCGACCGCUUCCCGUACUACAGGAAGGACACGCGACGAUGGCAGAACUCCUUGAGGCACAACUUGUCUUUCAACGAUUGCUUCAUCAAGGUACCACGCGGUCCACAUCGGCCAGGAAAGGGAGCCUACUGGGCCUUGCAUCCCGCCGCAUUGUCCAUGUUCGAGAACGGUUCGCUCCUCCGCCGACGGAAGCGUUUCAAGCUGCACAAGCCGGACAAGGAGCUGCUCAAGUCCGAGCUGCAGGCGCUCGCCUCGGCGAUGCCGCCGCCGUUACCACCUCCGCCGCCGCCGCCGCCGCCACCGCAGCCUCAGCCGCAUCCGGAACCGGUCGGGUCGACUGGCGGAAUCGUCGACGCGUGUCCCGGCAACGGUCUCAGCCUGGCGAAUCUUCAUCGUCUACGGGAUGACCUGCUCCGAUGGGAGAUACAGGAGAGGCGAAUGAUGGUCGCCACAGCCUCGAAUCACGGUGAUUUCACCGGCGCGGCCGGCUUCGGACGAUUCGACGCCGGUGCCACUGGCCUACCAGCUGGACCAACCGCGCCGGAAGCCGUCACCGCCGGCUACUAUCUCCUAUCACCCGAAGUGAGACAGAGACUCGCGGGUGGUGCUGCUACCGAUGGCAGUAACGAGAUUCUGAGGACGUACGAGGCCGCUGCGUUGCUGCACUCCGCCGCUUCUUGGAACUUCUCUGGCUUUCCGGCUGUUUCGCCGUCGUACGCGGUCACGCAGCUGCCGUAUAUCCAGCAGACUACCGCCAGCAGACAGGCGAUCCAUCCGACGCGGGAGAUGCGGGACGAGCGCCGUUUGUCGAGCGAUCGCGCUCUGGAGAACGGCAUCGCCGCUACCACCGGUAGAGAAAGCGAGACGAUUUUCACGGGGGCGGAGAACACUUACGAGAUGUCGGGCUACAACCGCGACAAACUCGCCGAGGAAGAGCCACUCUCGUCGUCCUCGUCCUCGUCCUCGUCGUCCAGAAUAAAUCUCUAUCGAAACACCGCCCUGACCACCGCCGCCUCGUCGCCACCGACGUCACCCACCUCCCCGAAUUCGCUCACGUCAACCAAGUCAUCCUAUCGCCACCUGUCGCCGAUCUCGAGCCUGGCCGUGGAGGUCGAGCGAACUCAGUUGCCCUCCAAUCGUGAGGACCAGGUCGUUUUGACGACGAAUACGGAGAAGAGGGUUAAGAAACCAUUCACUAUCGAGAACAUCAUCGCGCCCGACGACAACAACGAGGGUAGUGGCGACGGUGGUGGUAGUGGUGGUGUUGGUAGUGGUGGUGCUGGUGGUGGUGGUAGUGGUGGCAGUGGUGGUGGUGGUGGUGGUGGCGGUAUCGGUGUUGGUGUUGGUGACGAGGAAGCUUCGAGGUUGACCGAGGUUGAGCCGAUCGCGAAAAAGUCCUCGCUCCUCGUGCCAAGACCGCUUUACGCCGGGUACUCGAUGUCGAUCGCAACCACGGGUGUUCAGAGGCCGUCUUACGGCACCGCCACUUGAACUCUUUUCGCUGUCUCGAUCGAUUCGUUAUCGAAGGGAUUAGCUGAACGACGCGAGAAUUCAUGAUGAGCAGCGCGUCUUCGAAGAUCCUCUAAAGAGGAUGUUGGCUCAAAGAUACCGAGUGUGCUUUCGACACUUCUAUACCACGUUCCCUGGAUAUCGUGCCGUCUGCAUUAUCAUAUACAUUUCACCUUCACUUAUAUCUACACGGUGUCCUUCGGAAAAUGAGAGAAAAUGAUCCGCGGUACUCCUCUAUGUAUAGCUAUGCCCAAAUCAUGCCGAAUACAGCAUUCGCGUAAAUACACGCACCGAUAAGUGUAGAAAGUUCCGAUCAGAAUCUGUGUUAGAUAAGCGAAGGUGUAACGUAUUUAUGAGAACGCGUCCGCGAGAAUUGCUGUUUACUACUGACAUCGUAAAAUCGACACUAUCUUAUUACAUUAUUCAGUGGUAACGCGACGAAGUUCGAACGAGAGAUGAUCGUGGAUGCUUUUCUUUUUUCGAGCUCGAUCGCGACGUGAUCUUUCGUCCAAUUCACCGCGAAUCGAUGCGAUGCAGACGUGGGGGGGGGGGAGACAUCGUGGAUAAUCGACGUUAGUUCCUCGUUUUGUAAAGGCCGUUCUCUAAUCGGAAGGUCUUUGCUUGCUGAUAUUGGUUUUCGUCUCGUGCGCCGCGCAGACGAGAGUCGCUUGGUCUCUAAAACUUACGAAGUAAACUGUUCGCGAGCAGUUAGCUAGAAUUAUUCGUAAUUUACGGCUACCGUACGAGAGCGAUACCCCGAAUCGGCGACUUUCGCCUAUGUAAUUAACUAAUUAGACGAUCUCUAAACAAUUAGACGCGGGCGCGAGCACAGCUAUACCGACGUUAAGUUUAGCACACGAAAUUAACAACGCGAAGCUAAUUUUAGGAUUCAUAUAUGUACAAAUAUGAAUUUCGAAGGUUGGUUUUGUGCUGUGCAACUAUUUUAUUGGAACAUUUUAUACAAAAGGAACCGAAAGUGCCGGUCUUAAUUAUCACCAAUUUAAGAAGUUUACAUAGAAACUCUUCUC